AUGCCAUACGUUCUUAUACGCGGGAACCUUGCGUCCUAUGGUCUCAAGCAACCCUUCCGGGUGUUGGUUUCCGGCCUGAAAGCGGCCGAUAUCGAACAGCUGAACCGUUUCCCGUGCGGCGGCUACAGAGAUGAGUCCACCGUCGUCUAUCUGCAGCAUCCGUGCGUGAUAUUGACCGCACUGGAGGUGCUCGGGUAUCGCGUUGUCGCCUCCUCGUCCACGGCCGUAAAGCAGGACUACAACGAGUACAUGUGGACGAUGCGGAAGGAAUUCAGCGACCCAGAGCCGUUCCUGAGCGAGACAUCCUCGGCCGUGGUCGAGCGUGACAAUCUGGCAAACAGCGGCCGGGAAGGUGGCAAUUUCAACGGACCUAACAGCAAACUAGACCUACCGGAGUAGGGUACGGUGUGCACAACAAAGACGGGACACACUACGCCGGUUGGGUUGCGGUCGUUUUACAAUUUACGUCCGCGCCGAUCGCACCCGGUAGUAACUGGUUUUUUAUCCAUUUUGAUAGCCAUUGGCUGUCAUCGUGACAGCCGCAAAACGUCAAAAACGGCGUUCUGAUUAAAAAUAAACACGCACGACCAAAAACUUCGCCGCUUUUCGUUCCAUCCAUCACUGUUCUGCAAAGCCCUGAGUUUCUGUGCAAUGACCGCCUUCAGUUCGUUUUGUAGCAGCAAAUUUAGCAUAAGUUAAUUGC